AUGUUUCUUGGUCUUAUUGGUCAUAUAAUUAAUAUAAUUAUAUUCACUCGACCAAAUCUUAUUUCAAAUUCAUGUUGUAAUUAUUGUCUUGCAUCAUCAUGUGUUUCUAUUAUACAAAUUCUAUUUGGUCAAUUAUUUCGUAUGUUAAAAGCUGGUUAUCAUAUACCAAUACCAUCUCUUUGGUGGUGUCGAAUACGUACGUUUUUCUUAUAUUCAACUUCCUUGGCAUCAAUAAUUCUAAUCACACUUGCCUCUGCCGAUCGUUAUGUUUCAUCAUGUUCUCAAGUAAAAUAUCGUCAAUGGGCUAAUAUUAAAGUUGCACGACGUUUGAUUCUAAUUGUUUUAAUUAUUUCAGCUGUUUGUCGGUCACAUAUAUUAUCCUUUUUUGUUAUCGAUGAAGAUGAAGAAGACGAAUGUUGGGCUCCGGGAACCACCGAUUAUCGCUUAAUUUUUGAUAUUGUCUUUCUUAUUACUCAUGGACUAAUCUUUCCUGUACUAUUGGGUACAUUUGGUUUUCUUACAAUAUACAAUAUACGUCAACGACGACAGUCUGAUCAACAAAAUGGAGCAUCAAUUUUGCGACAACAUCGUAUUCGAGAUUUUCAACGGAUGACACUUAUCCAAACAGCUUCUGCCAUUGUAUUUACUCUUCCAUAUGCUAUUCAUAAAUUAUAUCGAACAGUAACUGCUUCCCCGUCGAAAAGUCCUGAAAAUUUAGCAUGGGAACGAUUGAUCAUGUCUAUAGUACGAUUACUAUGGUUUCUUCAUGAUAGUGGUGCAUUUUAUAUAUAUUCACUUUCAUCUGUGAAAUUUCGUCAUGAAUUAUUGAAAUUUCUUAAGAAACAUCGACCUCGAAGGGCAAGUGUUAUUUUAUAUAUUCUUAAAACAACAUUAAAAUUAAUUGAAAAAUCUGAAUUUAAUGUUAAUGAACUAUCAGUAUUAUUUGAUGAUGUUCUUAAUCCAAUUGCUGCUCAAGCUCAAAGUUUUUGGAUUUGGAUGACUGAAACAACGUCGAAUACUAUAAAUGGUAAUGUUCGUAUUGAAUUAACAUUAUCACAAGGAACAAAUGCUACUAGUUCACAAUUAACACUAUCUGAUCAAUUAUAUCGUCAAGCAAAAAUUGAUGAAGAAAAUCGACAUUUAAAGAAAAAAAAUCGAAAACUGAUGGUGAAUUACCAAAAAACAAGAAAGAAAUCAUCGAAAAAAUCUGAUAUAGCAGUAAUUAAUGAUAAUGAUGAUGAUAUUUAUCCAACUGUCAAAAUAACACGUGAUGAUGAAUCACCAGAAGGUGCUACAGAAAGUGGAAAUGAAGACAAUGAUCAUGAUGUGCAUGUUGGAAAAAAUAAAAAAUAUAAUCUACAUCGAGCACGUAAUAUUGACUUAAGUGAAAAACCUAUUCAAUCGAUUCCUACAUUACCACCAUUGACAUCUUAA